GCGCUCGUUGAUUCUGCAGUGAGCGAGGUGGGUGGCGAAUUCUGAGUAUAAACCAACGACAGACUGAGCGGGUUUGAAUAUUUGGAGAAACGGAAAUAUUACAAAUUUACAUAUCUUUCAAAUUUAUUUCAGUUCGCUUACAGUCUGUCGCGGUUAAGAGAGAAGUAGAGGUCUGGCCAAACAGAUACUUGUAGAACUAAAGACGAAUUAAGCGCCUGUCUUUUGUUUAUCGAGGCUCGCCGGUAUUGGUAACGCGGACGCGCGGAGGUGAAAGGACCCUCUGCCGCGAGCUAGCUGAGUUAGCUAGCUCAGUUAACCGAUCAUCUUCAUUUAGGGACGGCGCUGACAGACUGACAGAAAAGUCGGUUGUUUGGAUGUGGACAGGUCUCUUCCUUCAGGGAAGCCAUGGGAUUGACUGGGAGGAAAUCGGAGAAGAGUCCUGUUUGCUGGAGACGGAGAGUGAAGUCUGAGUACAUGAGACUGCGGCAGCUCAAACGUUUCAGGAGGGCAGACGAGGUCAAGAGCAUGUUCAGCUCCAACAGACAGAAGAUAUUGGAGCGUACAGACAUAUUGAACCAGGAAUGGAAACUGAGACGGAUACAACCUGUUCAUAUUAUGACACCUGUGAGCUCCUUGCGAGGGACUAGAGAGUGCACUGUUGACAGUGGCUUCUCUGAGUUCUCCAGACAAGUCAUUCCUCUCAAAACACUGAAUGCUGUGGCGUCUCUGCCUGUCAUGUACUCAUGGUCUCCACUCCAGCAAAACUUUAUGGUUGAGGAUGAGACCGUAUUGCAUAACAUCCCUUACAUGGGUGAUGAAAUCCUUGAUCAAGACGGCACUUUCAUUGAAGAGCUUAUUAAAAAUUACGAUGGAAAAGUUCAUGGAGAUAGAGAGUGUGGCUUCAUAAAUGAUGAGAUCUUUGUGGAGCUAGUGAACGCACUCAAUCAGUACAGUGAUAAUGAGGAGGAUGAUGAAGAGGAGGAUCAGCAUGAUUGCAAGUUUGAGAAGAUGGACCUCUGUGAUGGAAAAGAUGAUGCUGAAGACUCUCACAAGGACCAGCUGAAUUCUGAGAGUCUCAACAAUGACAGAUCAAAAAAGUUUCCCUCUGAUAAAAUCUUUGAAUCCAUUUCUUCCAUGUUUCCUGAUAAAGGUUCAACUGAAGAACUCAAAGAAAAAUAUAAAGAACUCACUGAGCAGCAGCUCCCAGGGGCUCUUCCUCCUGAAUGCACCCCCAACAUUGAUGGUCCAAAUGCUAAAUCAGUGCAAAGAGAGCAGAGUCUGCACUCCUUCCAUACACUCUUCUGCAGGCGUUGCUUCAAAUACGACUGUUUCCUUCACCCUUUUCAUGCAACUCCAAACACAUACAAGCGUAAGAACAUGGAGAAUCUGGUGGACGGCAAACCAUGUGGCAUUUAUUGCUACAUGUAUAUGGUUCAGGAUGGCAUUGUCAGGGAAUACCCAGCAGGUGUGGUUGCUGAGCAUGCCAAGACCCCUUCUAAGCGCACAGCAGGCAGACGCAGAGGAAGACUCCCGAACAGCAACGGCAACAGCAGACCCAGCACCCCAACAGUUAACACUGAGACUAAAGACACGGAUAGCGACCGAGAGGAAGGGCCAAAUGGAAAUGACUGUAAUUAUAAAGAUGAUGAUGAUAAAAAGGAUGAGACCACCAGCUCCUCAGAGGCGAACUCCCGCUGUCAGACUCCAGUGAAGUUUAAGUUGAGUUCAGAGCCUCCUGAGAAUGUGGACUGGAGUGGCGCUGAGGCCUCUCUCUUCAGAGUGCUCAUUGGCACUUACUAUGACAACUUCUGCGCUAUCGCCAGACUCAUCGGCACAAAGACCUGCAGACAGGUACACACACCUGAGAAGAUGGCUUUAUGCAAUCACAUUACAUAUUGCAGUGUUCAUAAUACUUAUAUCGGUCGGGCUCUACAAAAAUCUACUGAGAGGUUUGGAAAUUUGAGUCUGGAAAAGUAUGGAAUUUUGAAACGGAAAAUGUGUAGGAACCCUGUUUCUAUCUGUACAGGUCAGAACCGGUUUCCAGGCUGCCGCUGUAAGGCCCAGUGUAACACCAAGCAGUGCCCCUGUUACCUGGCCGUACGAGAGUGUGACCCUGACCUGUGUCUCACCUGCGGGGCGGCUGAUCACUGGGACAGUAAAAAUGUCUCCUGCAAGAACUCUAGCAUCCAGAGAGGAGCAAAGAAGCACUUGCUACUGGCUCCAUCUGAUGUGGCCGGAUGGGGAAUCUUCAUCAAAGAGCCAGUUCAGAAAAAUGAGUUCAUCUCCGAGUACUGUGGGGAGAUCAUCUCCCAGGAUGAGGCAGACCGCAGAGGCAAGGUGUAUGACAAAUACAUGUGCAGCUUCCUGUUCAACCUUAACAAUGAUUUUGUUGUUGAUGCAACUAGGAAAGGAAACAAGAUCAGGUUUGCCAACCACUCUGUAAACCCCAACUGCUAUGCAAAGGUGAUGAUGGUUAAUGGGGAUCACAGGAUUGGCAUAUUUGCUAAGAGAGCCAUACAGACUGGAGAGGAACUGUUCUUUGACUACAGAUACAGUCAAGCUGAUGCUCUGAAAUACGUAGGUAUUGAACGUGAAAUGGAAAUUCCAUAAAGCCAUCUACCUCCUUAAACAAAUGCCUUACACUCAUCAGGAAUUCUCUCUCCACAUGCAUUUCCAAUACAGUUUAGAUUCAGUUUUAUAGGACAAGGGCGAAGUUUUUAACAGUGAUAUUUUGAAGACUUCCUUUUAGAAAAAAGAAAAAAAAAAACUUGACCAACAGGCUGACUCUGGGAUACACUUUCUGAUAGUAAUUUGAACAUUGUCAUGUUUACAGUUGAGGUUUUAGUAGAGAGUCAUUUUAUAAUGGGCCAUUGUUUUGUAUUUGGAUUGUAGGUGUUUUUUGUUUUCAAUUAUUUUGACAGUUUCCUCUAUACCUUUGGACCAAAUUUCACAUUUAAACUGGCUGUACAUUUGUAAUGCAAAAACCUAUAUCAUGCAGUCCCAACCGUUUUAAGGUUUGUUCGUGGAAACCAAAGCCACUGUCACUGCUUUGCAUGUUAAUCUCUCCAGAACCAUGUUGCAGAGGUAUUAAGUGCAUUUUGUGGUGCCAAUGCACAGUUGCUGUAAGAACAAAACAACUUGAUUUAUGUAAGAAGGGUAGACUCGGUAUAAUAUUAUUGCGGUGCCUUGACAUGUUUAAAGAACACUGAAUAGAUUCUUGAAUUAGAUUUCCUAAAAUGUUGAAUGGUAUACUCAAAUUAUGCAUGAGCAAAGGUUUCAAAUGGAGUGGAAUCGGGUAACUCUUCAUUCCUCACUGUACAUUUUGUAAUGUUUAUUCAGACAGUUUCAGCUAUGAACUAUAGACGUCACUAAAUGUAAAGAGAUUGGAUUAAGGUGCUGUUCUCAUCCCUGGUUACGUGAAAAAACAAUCACUUCUUUUUUCUGAACGUGGGAUACUGUAAAAUGGAAGCAAUAAUACCAUGCUUGACUCCAGAAGUCCCUAUUUAUUUUAAACAGUGUAAACAAGUUUUAUAAUUUAUUGAUGGCUAUCGUUUGCUGUGAUUUGUCUAGUGAAUAUUAGGGAGUUACUUCUUAGGAGGUUGCUCAUUUUAAUCCACAUUUCUCCUCUGAACCUGUUGCUCCCCUCUUGUUUCUACUCUUUCUUUCCUGAGGGUUUUUGACCACUCCAUCUCCAUGUUUUCGCUUCCAAUUUCAAGGUGCUGUUAAAAUUGUUUACAGGGACUUGUUAAACGUGAUAAAAUAAACGUUGAAAAUAAGUGUCUGCUGUACUGUUU